GCCAUGGAGCCCGCGACCACCACCUCUGCAGCGGCGGUGGCGGUGGACAUCCCACAUGAACGGGACUUUGACGGGCUUGCACGCACGCUCACCUCUGCACGAAAUGACCUCAUGUUCAUCAUGGGCUUGUGCAUGCAGCAAGCGAAAGAGCAUGUGGGGAAGCUGCCCACCAUGGUUGGUGUUUGCGGCCGCAAGUUUGCCUGUGCAGCGUCGUCGUUCCUCAUGCUCAAGUUCCUCCCAGAGUACCGCUUCCUGGAAGACAUUACCAAAGGUGGUGACUACGAGGAGCCCCUCCCCUUGGCGCAGAGGAUUCACGUGCAUCUCAAGGACACACAGGUGCCUGCAAGCGCGCUCAAUGCUCUGGAAGACCUUCGCGUGUUUGGCAACACGGAGAUGUUCGUUUACGGCAACGCCCGCACGCUUGACGUUGAGGAGCAGCUCAAGGUGUUGUUUCUGAUGCGGUUGCUGGGCAAGUACAUUGUGCGCGGCGGGUCUGUGGGUCAGCGCGUGCGAACGAGCGCACGGCCAGAUGGGCGGCAGGCUCAACCACCAGGGCCAAAGGCAAUAUAUGUCCGCACCAAGGGGCAUCACGCCCACAAGCACGCCCACAAGCACACACAACACAGCCACGAGCAAGGCAGCAAAGCAGAAAACGACAACAGUAGCGGCGACCAUCGCCACAGCCACAACCACAGCACUGGAGACGCUGGUCACGCCACGCAGCCGCAAGUCAUGCUGACAACACACGACGGAGAAACCCGCCCCGUCCCCGCUUCCUCACCGCCAAGCAACAAACAAAACCAGCUACACAACAACCACCACCACCAGCAGCAGCACAACAACAAGCAGCAGCAGCAGCAGCAGCAGCGGGAGGAGAGCGAGAUUGAGGAAGCGUUUGACGAGCAGAAACACGGCGGCCUGGAGCGCUCACAGACGCGCGUGCUGUCGCCAUCAGCACUGCACCCGUCAUAUGGCGAAGAGGGCACCUUGGGCGACACGGCAGCGUCUGCAGUCACGACGUCGUCCAAGGCCUCAGCGCCGGGGGAGGAGGAGUACACGGCGUUCAUGCGUGACAUCGACGAUGCACACGAACAGGCGCUGGAAAGAGAGGAGAUGAAGCACAGGCUGCGCGCCGAUCCACAGCAGCAGCAUGAUGGGAAGAAGGGUGGUGCAGCCGGGAGAGGAAGAGGAAGGGGCAGAGGAAGAGGAAGGGGUAGGGGUAGGGGUGGAAGAGGUGGUGGAAGCAAGCAUGCUCCUCGCCUGUCCAAGGGGAAGCUUGGGCUGAUGGCGUUUGACGAUGACGGUGGGCUGACGCGGCGGGAAACCAACUUCUCUGCGGAGGAUUUGCAGAACGACCAGCUGCGGUCGCGGCGCUCGACGGGCCAGAGCCUGUCGCUGCCGGCGCUCAUGUCGUCGUCGCCGUCCCAGCAGCACCUUCUCUUGCAACAGCAGCAACUCAUCAUCCAGCAGCAGCAACAGCUCCUUCAACAGCAGAAGCAGCAACAGCCCGCACCAUUGUCAAAGUCGCCGUCGUCGUCAUUGCAGCACAAACAAGCAAAGCCUCCACCGAAGCAGCAACAGCAGGUGUCGCCAGGGCGAUUGCGACGACGUAUGGGGGACGGUCCGUCCCCCGUGAGGAAACGCGGUGGUGGUAGCGGUGGUGGUCGUGGUCGUGGUGUGUCUCCACCGAAGCAGCAGCAGCAGCAGCAGCAGCAGCAGCAGCACACUUCCCCCGGUGCUCACGGUCUUGGAAAGAAGCGCGCAUCGCCAAACGGCAACAGGGGAAAGAAGAAGGCAGUGGCAGCCGCCAAGAAUCAGAGCGGCAGCAGCGGCGGCGGCAGUGGUGCUGGUGAUGCCAGGAGCCCUGGACACCGCAAUGCACGCGCACCGCCACCGCGACUGCAGGCUCCCAAGCGGAGCAAGGAGAGCAUUCUUGUUGUCUGAGACAAACUCGUGCCAUUGUGGUGUUGUGUAUGUGUGCGUGGAAUGUAAAGUGUGUGUGUGUGUGUGUUUUGUGUGUGUUUUGUGUAGCGUGCCGUAUGUGUGUAUGCGUGUGCGUGUGAGUUGUAGCCUGUAGUGUGUGCAUGUGUGCAGUGCCUUUGUGCAGCGUGGCCCGUGCGCUUGGGUGUACAGUGUGUGGCGCGUGCAGGCAUGGUCCUCCUUCAUCACGAUCACAUGACCUCCUCGUCCUAGCGUAUAUCUUUUUCAUCAUCACCUGGCAGCUGGACUUGUUCGUAUGCACACUUUUACCUUUCAUUGGCUGCUUUUGCUUCAUGCUUGUCUUGGUUCUCAAUUGAUUUGCUGCUGCUGCUGCUGCUCUGUGUUAUUGACACCCAUUCCCUUUGAUUUGCUGUGCUUUGUAUUCUUCCACGACUACUGUGUGGAUGUAAAUGAGACUUUGCCUG